AUGGUGGCCUUCCCUCAAUUCACCCGUCUCCCUCCUGAGCUGCGCCGCCAAGUCUGGAGGUUCACUGUCCAGCCACGGGAGCUCGUCCUGAACUCAUGUCUGGCGGAGAACGGGGAGCUCCAAUACUUCGCCAGCGAUGACAUCCCCGAGCUGGUACCGGCGCCCCUUCACGCAUGCAGCGAAUCGCGCGCGGCCCUGCAGUCCCUGUACCACAAGGCCUUCCGGUACGGCGCGCGCCCGCGGUUUAUCUGGGUCAACUUCGAGGCCGAUACCAUCCGCACGUCGGAUGUGUACGUGCGGCUGUUCGUCGCCGAGUAUCGCUACAUCCGGCAUCUAGUGGUUGAAGCGCGCAACUCCGAGGUCCUACGCCGUGACUACGCCACUCUCGCCCGGCUGCGCGCCCUGCAGUGCCUCACAAUCCAGGUCCAGAGCAUCAUCCAGCAUGACUGGUUCGGCUGGUUCGCCCUGCUGGAGGAGUUCCGCUGUUUUGGGACGUGGGCCGAGAGCGUUGAGGUGACCAUUAUUGACGACUCGGGCGAGGAGUUGGCUUCGCGGAAUCUGCCCAGACACAGACUUGAAGCCGGCGAGAGGAUGGCCAUUGCGGCGAUGUAUUCGCCGUCCGUUCACUCUGACUGGUUGGAAGCGAGUGACCCGUAG